AUGAAAAGGACAGUUACCGGAGAGGAAGUGGCCUAUAUAUACUCCCUAAAAUCUCACGGGCUUGGCGUGAACACAAGUGCCCAUUUUUCCGUUCUAGAAUGCCAUGACGCUGAGGGCUGUGGUGUUCAGCCUCACGGAAAAAAAUAUCUUAGCAACAUCUUGUUCAUGCCUUCGGCGCAGGUUUUCAGAGAAUGGGAAGAGCGGGAUUCAGACUUUGCCGCUUCGAAUGUCUUCAAACCGCCGACAACAGUAUACAACAACCGCACAUUGCAAACGGCAUGGCCAAUGGGACACAUCGGAUUUCUUCUCAUAGUCACAUGGCCAACGACGUGGCAACUACUUACCGUGACUCACAACAGACGUGUUUGCCUGAUUGACGUGAGUAAGCUGCUGGGAGCUAGAUUGAGGUGUCCAGGGGCAUUCCAGACUUUGCCUGCAUUUGUUUUCGACCGGACAAUCGGACCUCUUCUAACUCAGCACUCCCUGUACGCAGUGCACCGCCAAAUUAAUAGCUCUUUCAGAGUCGAAAGUAAAAAAGGGGUUAUUGCCAUGAUUCGCAGCGAAAAAUAA